ACUUUUCUGGUGUAGGGGGAGAGGAUGCAGCUGGCGCAGGAUCUAAUCUUCAGGUUUAUGCAGUCCGCUUACGCCCCGGCCAGGAGAUUCUUGGAUCUCUCCAGGCUUUUGUUGAGGAGCGCCGACUUCAAGCACCAUUCAUCAUGACCUGCGUGGGCAGUGUCACCAAGGCGACACUGCGACUGGCAAAUGCCAGCGCCACAAACACAAAUGAGGUGAUUCAUCUCUCUGGACGUUAUGAAAUCGUCUCCCUGGUUGGAACUCUUAACAGAGACGCUCACCUCCAUAUUAGCCUGUCUGAUGCUGAGGGCAGGACCAUUGGUGGCCACGUCCUGGGAGACCUGGAGGUGUUCACCACGGCUGAAGUGGUCAUUGGUGAGGCGGCAGACUUGCUUUUCAUUAGGGAGAUGGACGACCAGACAGGUUUCCCGGAGCUGGUUGUAGGACCACGUUCAACAACAAAAUAAUCUACCCAAUUCAUAGUCAAAAUUAGCCCAUUAAAGUGAUCAGCAACCAACAAAUCAGGGUUGAUUAAAAUUGUCACCUACUUAAGCGAUUUGAGAAGAUACCUUUUGCUGUUAGAGUUGUACAGAGUAAAAAGCUUUCGUCUUGAUGAGUUUGCUACUGUAAUGUGAGUUUCUAAGCACCGUUUGUGAACUUUGACUCCCAAUAAAAUUCUUCUAAUUAGAAAA